AUGGCAAAUAAAAUAUUAGAUCCAAUCUUUAGAUUAUACGAUCCGAUUCGUUAUUCAUUUAACAAGAAAAAAGAGGAUUAUAUUAUCAUCUCACCGACUGUUGGUUCUAAAUCCCAAUUGAAUGAUGGUGGUAUAAUUACCUUCGAAAUAAAUUCAUUAUUGAAUUGGUUGCUUCUUUCCGAUACUUAUUUCAAAUGUGAUUUCAAAAUUAAAGAUGGAACUCCCAAUGAAAAUCGUGUUCCACAAACUAAUACAACGUUAGAAAACAAUUUCUUUCCAUCUUUAUUUAGCGAGAUGGUUUUGGAAGCUGGUUCAAAUCCGAUAGAAACAAUUAAACAUCCUGGGAAAUUCGACACAAUGUUGAAAACAGUUUUAUAUCCUAAAGAUUUCGAUUCAGUCUCAGGUUGUAUACCCGAUGUUGGCGAUGGAAGUGUUUUAAAAGAACUGGUAAGAAAUCUUGCAAAUGAUGCUGAUUUAGCUAGAGUUAGAGUUGUUGCUCGAAACACAAUAGAAAGAGUAGCACGAGCAGCUAAUCAUGGAUUCGAAAAACGAGUAUUUCAGUAUAAUAAAGUUGUUGAGAAUAAUAGGUGGGGUAAUUACGUAAAUUGGAAAUUGUAUCCUUUAUUCGGUCUGUUGGAACACAGAAAGGUUUCCAUAGGGUUACCAUAUAAAAUUCAUCUACAAAGAGAAAUCAAUGAUGAUAAGAUAUUCUUUGGAGAGAAUGCUUCAAAUGCAAAAUUAGAAAUAACGAAUCUCCAACUUUUCAUACCCGUAAAAACAUCAUCAACUGAAGUAGAAACGAGAAUAUUCAACUCAUUAACUAAAGAUAUUGAAAUAGCUGUUCUUCAUCGUAAUACGGUUGGUAGCAUGACUUUAACUGGAGAAUCCACCACGUGGCCAAUCACUAACACUAUUAAACCAGCAAGAUAUUUAAUGGUUGGUUUCAAGAACUUACCAAACUCUCAGAUUAAUAACAAUAAUGUCUUUAGAGUAGCAAUGAACCAAACUCAAGAUCCUUUAAUCCAUAAAGUUCAAGUAAGAUUAAACAACGAUAAUUAUCCUAACCAACCUUUAACAAUUAAUCCAACCACAAAGGAUUAUAAUGAAUUGUAUAGAAACUAUAAAAAUAUGUGUGAAUUAUUUGGAAAUCUACCUCAGUUUGAAUAUGUAGAUUUUGCACUUAAUCAUCCAAUCUUCUGUUAUGAUCUAUCAGCUCAUCAAGAAGAUCUUUUCAAAACAGGAGUAAACAUAAAUAUUAAUAUUGAAAAAACACAAGGAGAUGUAACUGGUUAUUGUUUACUACUCGAAGAAGCAAAACAUUUAAUUAAAAUAGCAGAUAGAAGAGUGAUAAGAAUUGAGUAA